GGCUCCAGCAGGGACCAGGCACGCUCUGGAACAGUUUACCCAGAAUAUGGACUUCACAUUCCGGGUUGCUAUCGGCGGAGCGGCGGUGGUCAGGGUAGGAGCCUCUAUCUUUCCUCUCCUGUCUGCUUCAUAUCCUCUUCUCCUCCUCUGAGGGCAGCGGAGGAACUUCACCGGCAUCUCCGGAGCAGCGCGGUCGGGAGUCUCAGGCUGUGUUUGAGGGAGGCGGGGGUUCGAUGCGGAGCAGACCGCUGGUGACCUGAACUUCAUUUCCUUCCUUUCUGGCUGCUGCGGUCGGGAGGUUGCCUUUCAGCAUAAUGAUCCAGUUCUCCAGAACUACCAGAAAACCGAACAAGACCAGUCCGAAGCUGCAGUGGGAGCUGUGAGCGGACGCAGCGGGCAUAAUGCGGACUUUGUGCCCGGUCUGAGCGCAGCAGUCUGCGGAGAGACGAGCUGGCCGGCUGGAUGAGCCGCAGCAAGACUUUCUAUUUUCGUGAAGGUUUCUGGAACCAAAUGUCAAAUCAAGAGAGAAGCUUUGUGGAACCAUCAGUGUGUGACGUGAAAGGGAAGGAAGCGAGGAAGAGGACGUCCACAGAUAACCCUCUGUGUGUGUUGUGCAUGUCAACACCGAGUGCUGUGAAAAGAGCUCUACCCGGUGGUAAAAGAGAAGAGAGGGUGAAAAUGUGAUGGAUUUAAACAAUGUCUCCCAGCUCAAUUAUGGACAGUGGCUGGUGAAGGAAUCAUAUUGCUUAAUGAGAUCAUUACUCUGGUGUUGGGAAGCUUAGGACAACUAACUACCAAGGGAUUACUCAAGACACUCUUAAGCACCAGGCCGGACAUGAUGGUGUUAUUAAGCAGACAAAAUCCAAUGACUGUUCUGUUGGAUUUGAAUCCUAAUUUGUCACAUUUCUUUCUGAUUUGGUGUCUGUAUUUUCUCUGAUCUGUUUGAAAUGGAGAUACAGUGGCGUCUGUGGAAUAAGGACUGGUCCUCCUUUAUAAGGCCGUGGAUACCUAUACUGUUGGGCCUUCACCUCCAGUUCUCCCGGGCCUCCAACUGUCCCGAGGAGUGCCGCUGUGAUCGCACCUUUGUUUACUGCAAUGAGCGGAGCCUGACCUCAGUGCCUCUGGGAAUCGGUGAAGGUUACAAAACCCUUUACCUCCACAACAACCAAAUCAAUAACGCUGGUUUUCCCCUGGAGCUCCACCAUGUGGCCUCUGUGGAAACUGUGUUUCUCUAUGGCAACCAGCUGGAUGAGUUCCCCAUCAACCUGCCCAAAAAUGUGAGGGUUCUCCAUCUGCAGGAGAACAACAUUCAGACCAUCUCCAGAGCAGCUCUGGCUCAGCUUCUUUGGCUGGAGGAGCUGCACUUGGAUGAUAACUCCAUUUCUACUGUAGGGGUGGAGGAAGGGGCCUUUCGCCAGGCACUAAGCCUCAAGAUGCUCUUCCUCACCAAAAACCACAUGAGCAGUGUGCCUAUUGGUCUUCCAGAUGAUCUGAAAGAAUUGCGAUUGGACGAGAACCGGAUCGCUGUUAUUGCAGAGGAAGCAUUUAGGAAUGUCACCCACCUGCAGCGCCUCCUAUUGGACGGGAACCUGUUGACAGAUGAAGGGAUUGCACCAGGGACCUUUCAGGACCUGGUCACCCUCAGGGAGCUGUCCCUGGCCCGCAACUCACUAACAUACCCUCCCCCGUUCCUCCCAGGGGAGGUACUCGUCAAAUUAAACUUUCAGGAAAAUCAGAUAAACAGGAUCCAUGCCAGUGCAUUUGCAGGGUUGCACAAGCUGGAGAGACUCGAUAUUUCUAACAACCAGCUGCAGUCAUUGACAGAGGGGGUCUUUGAUGGCCUCCGCGGUCUCAGACAGCUCACUGUUCGGAACAACCUUUGGCUGUGCGACUGUAGCAUCAAAUGGGUGGUGUCAUGGCUCAAAUCUCUGCCGUCCUCGCUCAAUGUGCGAGGCUUCAUGUGCCAUAAACCUGAAAAGUUCCGGGGCAUGGUGAUCAGGGAGCUGAGUGCUGAGCUGGUCCAGUGCCCACAGAGCACAGCGGCCGCACCCCUGUCCUCUUCACUGGCUGACACUGCUCUGUCCUCUUCCUCAGACUUCCCCCCCCUGGUCACUCACUAUGUUUCCCCCUCCUCCAGGCAACCCUUCCCCAAGUUAACCACCCACUACCCUGUCUAUUCAACCAGAGAGGGGGGGUUGAGGACUAAGAAACCUUUAGACCCCAGGAAGGAGACUUUGCAGGUCACGUUUGCCAUACUGAAUGGCUCAGCUAUCCACGUCAGCUGGGUGGCCGCCUUUCCAGUCACUGCCUACAAGGUGACCUGGGCCAGGAUGGGUCCCAGUCUGACAGGGGACACGGUCAGGGAGAGGAUAGUGGGUGGGGAUCACCGAGGGAUCCGACUGGCUAACCUUGAGCCAAAGUCAACCUAUCGGAUCUGUGUCAUUCCCUUGGAUGCGUUCAAUAAUUACCGGCCCAAAGAUGAUACUGUGUGCACUGAGGCCGUGACCACGGUGGCCUCUUUCAGCCCCGACAACAACAACAAAAGACCGUCGGGGCCUGAACAGGCCAUGCAACAGGAACCCAGCUCGCCUUUCUUGCUGGCUGGACUGAUUGGUGGUGCUGUGAUCGUGGUGCUGGUGGCACUCAGCGUCUUCUGCUGGCACAUGCACAAGAAGAGCCGCUCCAAGUCCUCCAGCAAGUGGAAAUACAACCAGGGUCGGAGAAAAGAUGACUAUUGCGAGGCAGGGACCAAGAAAGACAAUUCCAUCCUGGAAAUGACUGAGACUAGCUUCCAUAUAGUCUCACUCAACAACGAACAGCUCCUCAAGGGAGAUUUCCACAUUCAGCCUAUUUACACCCCUAAUGGGGGCAUCGGCUUCCGAGACUGUCCCCUGGAGAACAACAGCACAGUUUACUGCAAGAACAAUGUUCAGGAUGCUGACUUUUCUGGCACAUGAUGGUUUGGGGGAGCAUCAGGAGCAUUUUUUACUGACAACUACCCACACUUUACUGGACACUGUACAGUGUUAAUACUAUUUGAAACCCCUGUGUUUUCGAGAAAUGUAAUUUAUACAACUAACUGGACAGUAUUUUUGAUAUAACGUUUGAUUUAAAAAUGAUUGGUUUCUGGAGUUGUGCUGUUUGAGUUCUGUGCGCAGACAUGUAAAUCAGGAUUCAUUUAUUAAGUAAGUAUUAAGGCUGGGUUUUGUUCAAAGUUUUUAAGGAAUAGUCAAUGUAUACUGUAACCAAGACAGAUACAGAAUCCUCACUGUAGGUGCAGUGCAUCAUACCAGUACUGAAAGCAGCUGGUCCAACUCUGCAUGAGAGAAGGAGAAAAGAGACUGACACGAAUCAGCCACACUCACCACUAGAGGGUGUCGUUUUCUGGAAACCAUACAGCCCACCUCACUUUUACUGUGACUGUUUUUCAUCAAGUCAUCACAGUUAUAUGGCAUAUUUGUUUAAUUGGCACUACAGUCGAUAGAGAUGCAAAUUAUUGGAUUCCUGCUCUAGGAAGAGGACAUAUUUUAUGCAAAUUGGAUUUUACUCUGCUUCAAAAGGAAAUGUAAAGGUCACACUCAUUAAACAUUCACAGAAAGUGGCAGGCUGCAGUGCUUUCCUCUGCUUUUCAAGAUGAAUACAUUAUCAGUUAAGGGGUCACGUUAUUAGUGCUGGCUGUGUUUGAUGGUGGGUAUCACAGUGAGCCACAACAAAGAAGCACAUCUGCCAUCUACUGUAUGUUUAACCAAUUAAGAACCAACUCUUCUCCUUUUGUUCAGCAAAAAUAACGUUAUGGUUAAACAGUAUAUAUAUGUGCCUUGAAGUUAUCAGCUUACAAUGUCUUUUGAAUCCAUGUUUUUGCACAAAAGGUGUACUGUAUAUACAAUUGAAUUGGUGUUGAGGAAAUCUCUUGCUCAUGAUUAUUUAUUUACCUCGUUACACAUUUAAUUAAAAACAUAUCUCCAAAAGUGAACUUAUCCCUCGUGAUCUGUCCCAGAAUAAUCACUGACUCAAACUGUUACAAUACUCAGGUGGGAGAGCUCAGCAGUAUAGCAGAGGUCUGCUUGGAGAGGGAAGGGUCUUUUGAGGAUGACUAGUGCAAGUUCAAGAGUCACAAAGAGAUUGCACUUAACUUCUACUUAACACAAAACAUAUUAAUGCAGCAUCGCUGCUGAACCUUGUGCAGCUGUGGGCAUGCACGUGAGAACCAAAGAUGUAAAACAAUAGGCUGAAUUUGUUCAAAUUAAAGGAGUAUUUAAUGACCAGGACAGUGUUGAAAAUCUUUCUUUGAACCAUUACAUUUUUGCUCUCUAAAGCUAUCAAAUAAGCCUGAAACCUGGAGCUUCCAAUACCCCGAACCUGUAACCCUGUAGGUUCUGCCUAGGUUAUGUUUUAUAAACCGGAAUGUUUCGGACACACGCUUCCUUUCUUAAACAUAAGUCCUGCAUUAUUUAUUCAGUUUGUUGUGUUGCAGACCAGCUGUGGCUGAGGACCUGGAUUCAUCAACUAGUGAGCAGUGUAAUUUAGGGAAAUGUUUGAGUAGCGUGGAAACAAAAGCAGAACCUGUGACAAUGGUCUACACCAGGCAUGGGCAAACUACAGCCCGCGGGCCAUAUGCGGCCCGUUGGGCUUUUUAAUCCGGCCCGUCAAAUACUGGUACAAAAUUGUCCAAACUAUAAUAACGACUAGGGAUGGGUGGUAUACCUGUUUUAAUUUCCCGUAUGACAUGAAUUCU